AUGCUACGCAAGGAUGAUGGCUACUCCUACGACAAGCACCCGAGUCACCGCCGCGCCUCCGUCCACCCUGCGACCCGUGAACCAUUUCACGUCGCCAACAAAUGGCUUGAGAAUGAACUGGACUUGCCCUUGGACGAGCCUUCACCACGGGCAUUGCCUCGUGCCGCAACGUCAGCACAUAAGAUGGGUCCGCAAGUGACCAGCCAGCCACAUAUCUCCUCGCACCGCAGGGAGAGUUGCAGAUCCUGUGAUCCACCUCAACAGCCACGACAAAUGCCCAAGGCGAGAGCUCUGCCUCGACGAUCUGUGGCAAUCCCGCCUCCCGACUCUGCUCCUCCCGCACCACCGUUGCGUCCGCUCGACCGCAAGACAACACUGUUCGCCAUGCCUUCGCAUCUGAUGGGCUCUUCAUCUUCUUCGUCUAGGCCUAACUCGCCGCCUAAUCGCGUGUCAUCUUUGCCUGCACGACCUCCGCCGCUUUAUGCCGAUCCUGCUAGUCAGUCGCGCGGUGACCAGGCUCAGCCGCAGUCGCUCAAUCGGGCUGUCACUGGAUUGGAGAAUUUGAUGGGAGAGGCGCUGCACGUUGCACGAGAUGCAGCACAAAGUGGCCGCAACGAAGAAGUAGCUCACAUUCUGAACAGUGCUACUUUGGCGCUUCGCAAAGCAAGCACAAUCCAUGGCGAUAUCGACCAAGGCCAGAUGAGUCGACCACUGAGAUUGUCGCCCGCUGAGUCUAGACGCAAUAGCAGCGACUCAAUUGCUCCUGAUUCGGAUGCGUCUUCUAUUCACAGCACCGGUCACUCCGUCGAGACAGCGCCCACCGUGUUCACCAUGACGCCGCAACCAAGCCAGCAGCCCGUGGUCAAGGAGCAGUACCGCAUGGCCAGGUCUCAGAAGGCGUCCUUCGAAUCUGCCGUGCCCGCAGACCAGCGAUCGAUGACAAGCACUCCGCCACGCCUGUACCAGCCAGCUUCAGCAGACUCGAUAGUCCGAGACUUCGCAUACGCCAAACAGAAGACUGCUAAAGCGGUUGAGGCGAGGGCGUUGAGCAGAUCUCAUGGUGCAGCGGAAGACUACUAUGGCGAUCUGGGAGAGUCUGUCACCGCUCAGCCGGGUGUUCGUCCGAGCUUGAGCACUCCUAUCAUGCUGGACAAGCCGUUACCGCCACUGCCUUCCAGACCGACCGAUAAUAUGGUGCCUCCGCAUCACGCACGUCGGCAGCACCUUCCGGUAAAGCGCGUUGACCGUGUACCCACUAACACUCUCCCUCCGCCACGUGUUGGCAGCUCCUUCUACGACAGUCUCCCAAGGCCCAACACCCACCCUCAAUCCGAACCACCACCCCGCCGCCGUCACGGCCGCAAGCACCACCAUCACCACGUCUCCAAUUUCCUCGAAUCCGCCGACUACCGCGAAGCACCCGCUAAUGACCGCUCGCUCCCGCGCGACGAAUUGAAGCGAGGCGACUCCUUCAUCACAACCAACAGGUACGAUGAUCCACGUCUCGAGAUGAACAGGUCCGUGUCUAAAACAAGCUCGAGGUACAGUGAUGACCCACCGAACCUUUUAGAGAGGAACAUCAGUCUAAGGCACCCUCGCAGAAAGCACAUCAGCCUUCGCGAAGGCCAGGGCUUCAGUUUGGGGAGGUACCAUCGCAGACAGCCGAUUGCGAGGGAGUGGCAUACUUCGCGCAAGAGGAUCACUGCGAUGAUUGCGUGCUUGAACACGGUGUUUGUUGGUUUGACUGCUGGGAUUUAUGCGGGCGAAGUUCCACGGAUCCAGUACCAACUAGCGGACAUGAAGCACCAUGUCAUCCUGGGCAAUGUCGUCCUCUUCGCCUGCCUCGGCGUCACAACCAUCAUCUGCUGGCCCCUCCCCCUCCUCCACGGCCGCAAACCCUACACCCUCUUCGCCUUCGCCCUCAUGCUCCCCCUGAUGUUCCCACAAGCCCUCGCCGUCUCCGGCUACCGCAGCCCCUACAACCCCAUCUACCGCUGCGGCCUCCUCAUCCCACGAGCCUUCCAGGGCAUCGCGCUCGGCUUCGCCAACGUCAAUUUCCUGCCCACGCUCUUCGACCUCUUCGGCGCGAGUCUGAUGAGCGAUAAACCGCAUCAGGAGAUUGUGGCUUUUGACGACGUGAGGAGGCAAGGGGGUGGGAUUGGGGUAUGGUUGGGGAUCUGGAGCUUUUGCUUCGUGGGGAGUAUGAGCAUUGGGUUUUGCAUUGGGGCGGUAAUUAUAUCCGGGCUGAGUCCGAGCUGGGGGUUUUACAUUAUUGUCAUUUUGCUGGCGUUCUUCUUGCUGGUGAAUGUUAUCGCGCCGGAGACGAGACGUGCGCCGUACAGGAGGAGCAUUGCGCAGUAUGUGGAUCAUGAGGAGAGGAUCAAGAGGAGGGUGGCGAGGGGUGAGGUCAAGCUGCACAUUUCGAACGAAGGGCCAAAGUGGUGGUUUCAAGAGGUUUGGGCUGGGCUGGUGUUGACGAAGAGGAUGGUGUUGCAGACGGGGUUCUUCGUGCUGAUGCUCUACUUGGCAUGGAUGUAUGCGCAGGUGACGCUGGUCAUACUGCUCCUCGGCGCCCUCCUCUCCCGCGACUACCUCUGGCAACCCCACUACGUCGGCCUCGCCGUCCUAUCCCUUGCUGUCGGCGCCUUCCUCGCCAUCCCCCUCAGCCGCGCCAACCUCUUCUCCCGCGCCCGCGACAAGCCCCAACGCACCGACAGCAUGACCAUGCGCCACUCUCGCGUCUCCUGGUCCUCGCACAUGCUGCGCCGCUGCAUCUUCACCCUCACGCUGCCCUUCGCCGCCUUGGCGUACACGCUCAGCUCGCCGGGUCCGACUGUGAGCUGGGUGACGCCCGUGGUGUUUUGUGGGAUGGUGGGCUUUCUGACAAAUCUGGCGAUUGCGGAGUGUGUGGGUUUGAUCAUGGAGACGUUUGAUACGUGUGACUUGCAGCCCGGAGUGAAUCAGAGGCAUCGGUUGCAGAGUUUGGCGGAGGCCACGAGGAGACGACGGACGAACUACUCGAGUUUUCCGCGGAUCUGCGCUGGAUUCUUCGCUGCUCAAGGACUCGGCUUCAUCUUGAGCGCCGCUGCUACCGGAGUCUCAGGCGACGUCACAAGAGCCGUCGGUGCGCAGACCGCUACCGCCAUCGUCGCCGCUAUCCUCCUAGGUCUGACGGUCCUCUUCAUCGGCGUGCUCUGGAGAUGGCGCGAGCUCCAAGUCAUCCCCACAAACGCCUUCCCUGCAUUCGAGAAACCCGCCUUCGGCGUCAGAGGCCCCGGUCCUAACGCCCAGCCCAACACCACCGGCAACCCCGCCUGGGACGCCUCAACAGACGAUCCCGAGUGGAAAGCCGUCAUCAUUGGCAACCCGAGCGGGAAGAUGCGGCGGAUGAACCUGCUGGAGCUGUCGGGACUGAGUCGGUGGACGGAGAUUCGGAAGCUGAAUCGGUUGGUCAGGUCUUGA